GCGAACGUAACGUGUGUGUGGUCCGAUCCACUCCGAGCGUUCGUAUGCUGAAUGCGGCUGUCGCAGGCGUAGAGGAUGCAAGACGCUUUGUUCGAACGGACCGGAGAGCUUUCUCCGUGGCGGAAUAUAAUCGGCGUCUGGUCUUGAACAAAGGGUCCAAAGAUGACAUUUCUGGUGGUCUAUUGUUUUCUAAUCUUCCAUCAAAUUUCGUCGGAAUUGUCGCACGGUUUCGCUGGAAAUUCCAAUGAUGAAAACAAAACAUGGAACAGCAUGGAGUUAAGUCCCAGACACAGGAUCAAGGACUCCAGCUACCUGUUAGACAGGUAUCCUAUAAGGGAAUUACCAUCUGAUCCUUUGAAUUGUCGAAGACCAGCAAAAUGUGUGGAGUUAGAGAAGAACACAUGCAUGGGUACAAGAUUACCAUAUACUUCAACCACAUUAGAUCUUAUACCUGAACACAUAACUCAGGACAUGAUAGAGGAAAGAUUGCAUGUGUUACAAGCAUUAAGACAUAUACCAAAGUGCUGGGCAGUUGUUCAACCCUUGUUAUGUUCAAUAUUCAUGCCAAAAUGUAUCAAUGAUACAGUAGACUUGCCCUCUCAAGAAAUGUGCAAGAUUGUUUCGGGACCUUGCAGAAUUGUGUUCAAUCAAACGAUAUGGCCAAAUUUUAUCAAGUGUGAAAAUACAGAACUGUUUCCGAAAUUAUGUAAAAAUGAUAUUAGAGAACUGAAAUUUAAUAUUUCAGGCAAAUGCCUGAAGCCUUUAGUUCCAACCGAUAAUGCACUUGCAAUCUUUGAAGGAGUCGAAAGUUGUGGAACACAAUGCAAUGACCCGCUGUUUACACCGGAUGAGCACAAGCAGAUUCAUUCCUUCGUUGCUUGGGCUGCAGGAAUCUGUGGUUCAUUCAACUUGUUUACAGUUGUAACAUUUUUAAUCGAUUGGAGAAGUGCAAAUAAGUAUCCGGCAUUAGUCAUAUUCUAUAUAAACUGUUGUUUUAUGGUAUCUUGCAUUGGUUGGCUUGCACAAUUCAUGUCAGGAAGCAGAGAAGUGAUUGUAUGUCGUAAAGAUGGAACAUUAAGAAUGAGCGAACCUAGUGGGGAAAAUUUAAUGUGCGUUGUAGUAUUUGUUCUCGUAUAUUAUUCUCUUACGGCAGCUAUGGUGUGGUUUGUGAUACUGACAUAUGCCUGGCACAUGAGUUUUCAAGCACUGGGCAAAAUUCAAGACAGGAUCGACAAGAAGGGUGCUUAUUUCCAUUUAAUUGCCUGGUGUUUACCACUUGUCCUAACUGUUACUAUCAUGGCAUUAGGGGAAAUAGAUGGCAACAGCGUGACUGGUAUAUGUUUCGUCGGUUACGCUAACCAUACAAUUAGAGCCUGGUUUUUACUUGGUCCUGUGUUGAUUGUUUUACUAGUUGGAGGAUAUUUCUUAUCCAGAGGGUUGAUUACCCUGAUUCGAUUGAAGAUUACCAGCCAGGAAAUUAUAUCCGAAAGAGCAAGCGCCAAAAUACGCGAGACUAUUGUGCGCAUGGGUCUAUUUUCAAUUUUCACGUUUGCUGCGGUUCUGGUGACAUUUUAUUGUCAUAUUUAUGAAUUCCAACAUUCCUGGAAAUGGCGUCAGAGUUUCAGAAAUUAUAUGAUAUGUGCAAUAACGACAAAAUGCUUAGACAUUUCUGAAUGUAAAAUGGAGGUCCGACCAAGUGCCGCAAAAAUGCAGUUGCACUUACUUUUGCCUUUUUUCUCCGGUAUUCUCAUGUCUUCCUGGGUUUGGACUAGUUCAACCGUAGACACAUGGACCAGGUUUCUUAGACGUACUUUCAAUUGCGAGACUGAAGAACCAAUCCGACUGAAGAAACAUAAAGUAAUCGCUCAAGCAUUCGCAAAGAGAAAAACAUUUAAUAACGCUGGUCGCCUGUCCAUCAGUUUUCACAAUACACACGAGGAUCCGGUUGGCUUGAACUUUGAUCUAAAUUCUGUGGCCUCUCAAGAUUUCAGUUCGACAUGGGCUGCCGCUUUGCCAAAAUUAGUUACACGUAGAUGCGCUUUGGUAGGUGGAACAGGUUCCGUGUCCAGCAACCGAAGGAACUCUAUAGACUCUGAAAUCAGUUUCAGUGUGCGCCGAGUAUCGGUGGAAUCCAGAAGGAACUCUUUAGAUUCUCAGAUAUCUGUGCAAAUAGCUGAGCUAAAGACAACACGAAAGGUAGCGAGCAGUUCGCGCGGUCGGCGUGUAAAACGCCGUCGAGACUUCAGAAAGUCAAGAUCAGGGAAAGUGGGCCCGUUGUUUAGAAGAGGUAGUACCACGUCACAAGAAAGUCAACUUGGUGCACAGAUAUUAUCAGCAUUAACUAUAGGCGGUGACUCGAGAGUACCAGCGAUUCAGGUGCCGAAUAUGAAGAGACGAUCGGCUAUCACUGGCUUGGACGAACGUACUUUGAAUCCAAAAUUAUUCGACGGAAAGAAUGUGAACACACUUUUGCCGUUCUUAUUCCCAAGACACAGCAAUAGCGAAGACGCCAGCAGCGAGAAGCAACACCAGGGGUUCACAGGAAAGGACAUAGACAUCGAAGGAGGGAACAUUGAAAAGGAUGAUCAGGAGGACCAAGAAAGCGACAGCGAUGAGAGUCAACUAGAGGAAGAAACGAAAAUGUUGGAGCCUGAGGAACCACACGAGCGUAGCAAGAGUAAAACUAGCAAUAAGAGCUCCAAAAGUUACGAGAGUGUUAGAAGAAGUAGAGAGGGUCGUAGGAGUAAAUAUUUCCUCCAGGAUGAUAGCAUUUUGAAACACCUGUUUCAAGAGUCCAACGAUAUUAAAUUGAAAAACGAUAACGAUAUAAUAGAAGCGUAUAAAAAGGCUGGAAUGGGAAACUUGGCGUCUAGUCUUAACUCGUGUUGUCCAGAGCUGACGCGACUGAAACAGCCAGAUUUGCAGUCCGCCACUGCUCGAGAAAUGGCGACGCAAACAUCACUGCCGUUAGACAUUUUAGAAAUGGAGGAGUUGAAGCAAAGCAUCGACGAAAUCAUCAACAGUCGGCAUUGUAGUUCGAAAGGAACACAGAUUUCGCCACAAUUAGGCAAGAGCAAAAACAUCGCCGUGUAACUGACUACUCCGAAAUAGAUUAAGACUCGACGAACUGUUCCUCUCAAUAUUUUGUAUUAACUGCGCUGCUAUUUCCUUUCUUAAUUACUACAGUGAAUCUUCCUUUCCUGACUUUUACCUGCGGUGACAGUGUUUUCUAUCGACGAAAUCGAAUCCGUACGACAGUUUAAUUAGUGCCAAAAUCGUAUAAUAUUUGUAGUUUUAUUUGUAACUCGCGAUUGUGUAUAUUUAAACGUGCAAUAGAAUAACCUCGAUAUGUAAAUAACUCGGAUACAGCCACGCAUUUUAUAACUUUUAUACGUUUUAUUACUGUUGAAAUAGAAAUAAGAUCUCGAUCUAAUAGUAAAGUAAAAUAAUUCGAUAUCCAUGACACUGAGAGUACACAUGUAUCACAACAGUCUUUUUUU